CAUAUCGCAUUCAGUCGCACCCGGUGUUGGACCCGUUUGUUUUUAAUCCGAAACUCGUACGACUAACAACGCGCGCGCAUCGAGACACGAUCAAACGAUUCUCCAGCGAUUGACGGACGAGACGCGGACAUCCGUACACUUUCUACAGAUAUGUAUUUAAAUCAUUUCGAUUAGCUGCGUUUCGCGAUUAGGUUGCUGCGUCGUUUCUCCCCGGCGAGCAGAAGCGUCGAAUUGUUGGCGCGUCAGAGGCCAUUCGAGAACCAACACGUUUCGUUUUCCCGUUAAAGAUACUUCUGGAUCCCGAGGUUACAUACAUUGCACGUAAAAGGAGAUGACGCGUGCGGACAAGGGCAGAAUGUCACGCGCGUAGAGGCAGACGACGAACGCGCCGACAAGGACGACGCAUCGGGACGAGAGAGAGAUCGCUGUUACUUUCGUGGUUAACCAUCGACGUCGUCAUCUCCGGCAGCGAGGUGCUGCUGUCGAACGGUUAGCGGCAACCGGCUGAAAGAAGGAGAGAGAGAAAGAGUGUCGCGCCCUGAAACAGUAUAUCGAUACGAAUGACAAAGAUGCAACAGCACCCGGUGCAGGCAGCGGCGCAGAUCACGCACGAGGAGCACAUACUGGAGGCGAUCGAUCAGCUGCGUCGACGUAAAGCCCGCCCCGAUGCCGAUCGCAUCUGCAAUUACCUGCUGCGUAACUUCGCGGUGGACGCGCGCGACACGAUCGCCGAUCUUCACCGGCUGAUCGAGGUCGAGAAGGUGAUCCAGGUCGAUUACAAGGGCAACACGAGCUACCGCAACGCGAAAAAGUGGUCGCGUCUACAGCUGUUCAAGAAUCGCCCGGAGGGCUUCCUCAAGGAGAAGCUCAACUCCAGCAUGGUGUCGAGCGCGGUCGCCGAGCUCGUCGUCGAGGAGCCCGAUUACCUCGACCAGGGCGUCCCGGCCGGCCGCCUGAUCGAGCAGCUGCUCGACGGGGUCUCGAGUCCGACAUCGCGCCGCGUCGUCGAGGAGUUCCUAGGCCGGGAGGUAGCGAGCGGUAAUCUCGCGCGCCUGUCCAAUGGCAAUUACUCGCUGGUAGCGACGUCCGACAUGACGACGGACGCGACACCGUCGCGACGCAGCGGCGACUCACAGCCGUCCUCCUCCUCCUCCUCCUCCUCUUCCUCCACCUCCUCCGUCACCUGCGCCCUGGAGAACGGCACCGCGACGACGCAACGGCGCGUCGGGAAGGCGACGACGAGCAACGGCACCGUCAGCAAUGGCACCGUCGGCAACAACGCCAGCACCAAUGGUUUAACGGCAGCGACGACGACGGCAUCGUCCGCGGCUGCGGAGCUCUACGAGUUCAACGAGACGGAUAACCUCAGCGACACCACGUCCGGAUCGUCGCGGUCGUCCUCGCGGCAGACGAGUCACAGCCCGAAACUGGAUCAGCAGGAUCAACAAGAGUGCAUCAAGAAGGAAGAGUGCUAUAAUGUCGUGGGGAAAAAUGACGCCGAGCGUGGCGGUGCCCCGUCUGUCGAGAUGCCAUGCAACGGCGUCGGCGAGAGCAAGCAGCACGCCGAUUCCCUGGAGAUAACGGCGGUGUCGUCGACGACGUUCGCGGAGAGCGACGUCGUCAAGGAGGAGCUGAAGGGUAACGAUGUACAAAAGACAGCGACUAACCUUAAAAGGUCCGCCAAAGCCGAACGCAAGCAGCGUCUCUUCGCGAGGACGGACGAUCGGAUAGACAUCGAGAUCAAGUUCGAGGACUAUCAACAGGGUAAGGAGGAGCCGGAGAAGCGCGAGGAGGCCGGUCGGCGGUCGAGCGAGGAUCGCGAGGAUGAGGAUGCCGGCAGGAGCUCGUCGACGAACACAUCCCCGACUCCGUCCAAUGUAAACACCGGUGGAUUUCGUAGUGCGAGGAGGAAGAGAGCCAGGAAAGUAUUUGAUCCUUCCGACAACAAUCUAGUGAAACGCAAACGUGGUAGACAGCCAAGUAACCAUAAUAAAAAUUCUAUAUUGCAAGAUCCUCAGGAUUCUAUCAAGGUAAACGUCAAAGAUGGACCGUGCAGGCAAUGUAGUCUUUGUGCCAAGGAAAAACAAGAAGCUCUCGUAGCUUGUAGAGACUGCACAGUACGAGCACAUCCAAGUUGCAUUUACAGUCCAGAGGAGAUGCUUCAAAAGGUCAAUAGUAAUUGGCAAUGCGAACGCUGUAAAACUUGUACCGUAUGUUGCGAGACAUCUGAUGCUGGACCUCUAGUGACUUGUUUUAACUGCGACGAUGCCUAUCAUUAUUUUUGUCACACGUCGCGUGUCACAAUAUCAAAAUCAAGUUCCAAAUGGUAUUGCAAUGAAUGUGCACAAAAACAGCAGUGCAAAGUGAACGACAGCCAAAACGCUAAUUUGGUUAAUGGAACUAGUAGACCGGAUAGCCCGUCCAAUGCACCAAUCUUACCACCAGUUCUGAGCCCGCAGGUCUCUCCUACUAGGGGUUCUUCGGAUCAAAUGGACGACGAUGGUCCGAAAGGUCCCAUCGAUCCGAAUAUUCCUGACGCGAGGAGUUGGACCUCUGAACAAGUAUAUCAAUAUUUCGCUAGAUUGUUUCCCAAAGAAGCUGAGGUCUUUCGGCAGCAGGAAAUAGACGGCCAUGCGCUUCUAAUGAUGAGUCGAAAAGAUGUAUUAUGUGGACUUAAUUUACUACUAGGUCCCGCCUUGAAGAUUUAUCGACACGUGUUGAAGCUUCAGUUUCGCAGAGACGAUCCCGAACUCUAUUGGCAAUAAUACAGAUGAUCUUGUGUAAAAUUGAUUAUUAUCUUUACUAAGUUGUAUGCGAUCUAAGUUACAAGAUUUAAUUUAUAUAUUAUAUAAAUUAAAUCUGAUAGAUUAAAAUUGCGAUAAUUCUCUAGUUUCUAGGCAUCUAUGUUGUAUAUAUGAAUUAUAUGUGUGAUAUAUUGCUAAAGAUCUCUUGCGGAUAUUGAGGAUAUCCUCUUGCCGAUUCGCGCUCUUAAUAACGUAACUAUUGAAGCGGGUUUCGUUUCUUGUUGAGUUCCGCAUUGAAAAGAUAUGUCGAUAUACAUGCUAAAGUACAUAGAGACGAAUUCUACCGGCAAUAAUAUAGAUAAUGUCUAGCAUGAAAUCAAUCUUCACGGCAUUGUAUAUGUGAUUUAUAUUGUACAAAUUAAGCCUUCUUAGAGAUUAAGGUCGCGACAUAACUCUACUUCUACAUGAUUCACAUUGUAUAUAUAUGAGAUAUAUCGCUAAAGAUCUCAAGCGAGUGAUCUGUCGCCAAGUCAGUAUCGAUUUAUUGAUGUAUGUACACACGCGAUUAUAUGUAUACUUAAUGUACAUAUUAUUCCGCCUUUUUCAUGCGCGGUGUUUUAUAAAAAGGAACAGAUAUUUUCUAUCUCCGAACUGUUACUUGUUAAUGUUACAUUUACGUCUAUAUGAGAAUUCUAGACGCUGUUUGUUCGAAACAUGAUGAAAACAGUUGGACAUAUGAAAUAAAGAGAGAAACUACUGACUGAUUUUACACGA